CCAUUUUGGAGUGGCGGCGGCGGCAGCUCCGUGCCCGGUGCCUCGCUCGGGGUCUCUCCCGGUUCCCCCCCGUCCCCUCCGUUCUGCCGGCGGCAGCAUGAGUGUGGUGGAGCACGUGCGCGAGAUGGCGGCCGCCGGGCUGCACUCGAACGUGCGGCUGCUCAGCGGGCUGCUCCUCACCAUGAGCGGCAACAACCCGGAGCUGUUCUCUCCCUCUCAGAAGUACCAGCUCCUUGUGUACCAUGCAGACUCCCUGUUCCACGACAAGGAGUACAGGAAUGCUGUCAGCAAGUACACCAUGGCCUUACAGCAGAAAAAAGCCUUAAGUAAAACCUCCAAAGUCAGGCCUUCCACUGGGAAUGCUGCAUCAACACCCCAGAGCCAGUGUUUACCAUCAGAAAUUGAAGUGAAAUACAAAAUGGCUGAAUGUUACACGAUGCUGAAGCAAGAUAAAGAUGCCAUUGCUAUUCUUGAUGGGAUUCCUUCCAGGCAGAGAACUCCAAAGAUCAACAUGAUGCUGGCAAACCUGUACAAGAAGGCCGGCCAGGAGCGCUCCUCGGUGACGAGCUACAAGGAGGUGCUGAGGCAGUGUCCCUUGGCCCUGGAUGCCAUCCUGGGUUUGCUCUCACUGUCAGUGAAGGGAGCAGAAGUGGCCUCCAUGACCAUCAACAUCAUCCAGAGCAUUCCCAACCUGGACUGGCUCUCGGUGUGGAUCAAGGCUUACGCCUUUGUGCAUACUGGAGACAACACCAGAGCCAUAAACACCAUUUGCUCUUUAGAGAAGAAGUCAUUGCUGAGGGAUAAUGUGGACUUGCUGGGGAGCUUAGCAGACCUGUACUUCAGAGCUGGAGAUAAUAAAAACUCUAUCCUGAAAUUUGAACAAGCACAAAUGCUGGAUCCUUACCUAAUAAAAGGAAUGGAUGUUUAUGGUUAUUUAUUGGCACGGGAGGGUCGGCUGGAGGAUGUGGAGAACUUGGGCUGCCGGCUCUUCAACAUUUCUGACCAGCAUGCAGAGCCCUGGGUGGUGUCUGGGUGUCACAGUUUCUACAGCAAACGCUACUCCCGUGCCUUGUACCUGGGAGCCAAAGCAAUCCAGCUGAACAGCAACAGUGUGCAGGCUCUGCUGCUGAAGGGAGCUGCCCUGAGGAACAUGGGCCGGGUGCAGGAGGCCAUCAUCCACUUCAGGGAGGCCAUCAGGCUGGCACCCUGCCGCCUGGACUGCUACGAGGGUCUCAUCGAGUGUUACCUGGCGUCCAACAGCAUCCGCGAGGCCAUGGUGAUGGCAAACAACGUGUACAAAACCCUGGGGGCAAACGCACAGACCCUCACCCUGCUGGCCACCGUCUGCCUGGAGGACCCAGUCACGCAGGAAAAGGCAAAAACAUUGCUGGACAAAGCUCUCACACAAAGACCUGACUACAUUAAAGCUGUGGUAAAGAAAGCAGAACUUCUCAGCAGAGAGCAGAAGUAUGAGGAUGGGAUUGCCCUGCUGAGGAAUGCCCUGGCCAACCAGAGCGACUGCGUCCUGCACCGCAUCCUGGGCGACUUCCUGGUGGCUGUCAACGAGUACCAGGAGGCCAUGGACCAGUACAGCAUUGCCCUGAGUUUGGAUCCAAAUGAUCAGAAGUCACUGGAAGGAUUGCAGAAAAUGGAGAAAGAGGAAAGUCCAACAGAUGCCACCCAGGAGGAAGAUGUGGAUGACAUGGAGGGGAGUGGAGAAGAGGGGGACCUGGAGGGCAGUGACAGUGAAGCAGCUCAGUGGGCAGAUCAGGAACAGUGGUUUGGGAUGCAGUAAAAGCCUCCUGCUGCUUCUUUUGGCACUGGAACACACCACUAGGGCCACUCUUCUCAGAAGAACAGAAACUGUGGGUUUUUUUCAGUAAUAAAGGACUUUUUUUUGUUUUAAUAGACUCUGAAACCAAUUAAUAGUUCUGUGCAUCUCAAUACUGUGGAGAUCCUUGAUGCUUCUUAUUUAUUAAGUAUACAGGACUAACUGCAUCCAAGGCUAUUUACAACUUCCAUUUUGAACAAUUCCUGCUAGAACUAAAACCAUCAGAAUCUGAGGUGUGUAAUGAGCCUUUUGUUUGUGAUGAAGAUAAUGUCUGAGUUCUGUCCAGGGCUGAGUGCUUGGGCAAGUUGUAAAUCCAGUGGUUUGUACUCCUUUGUGGGAAAGGCCUUGCUCAUGUGUGUGCAGCCAUUUGAGUCUGGGGGAGCUGCUCCCAGAGUGUGGCUGAAGCAGCACUUUCCUUUUGCUCUGUUUGUUGAGUUAAUUUGUCUUUUUCUGGGGCAUUACCUGUGCUGUCCAGGAUUAAUUUGGGACAAUAGGCAACCUGGACUUGCUGGACACUUUUUGUAGCUGAUUUCUCUGUGUACAGAAUUGAGCCAGUGGUGGAGAAUUAAAGUUAUUUCCUCAACCCUUACUAAACCCUGCAAUCA